AUGUCGUUCCUCGUUUCGUGGUGGUACCCCAGCCUCGCCCCCUCUUCCUCGUCCUCGCCCUCGUCCAUAGCCAGCGACAAGCUACCAUCGCCAUCGUCACUACCACCUCCACCGCCACCUACGACAGGAGAAGAGCUACAGGCGGCAUGGACAUCGCUCCUCGAAGAGGGAGGGGGCGAGUGGCCGCCGAACCCGGACUUCACCGACUGGCCGCCCGUUCUCGAGCGGCUGCACCACCUCGCCCUCGAAAUGGGACCGAGGACGGGCGUCGUCGAUCCGUCGACGCUCGGCCAGCGCGACGUCGAUGCCAACCGCGCCUGGCUGGUACAGGGCCUCGCUGGCACCGACGAGAUCGUCGACGCGCUACGAAGCCUCGACCAGCGUCGCCUGUGCGCCGUCUCGGCCUGCGUGGCCUGGCUCUGCCACUACUACCGCUGGGGCACCACGCCCGUCCUGACGUGUGCGCAGCAGGAGACGCAGUCGCACCUCCCCGCGCCCCUGACGGCGGCCAUGGCGUACCUCAACCUGCGCCUCGGCAUCCUCUCGACGGGUGGCAGCCUGACGACGAUGGUGUACCACAACUACGACGUCCAUCUGGACCGGCUGCACUACUCGCUCGUCGAGCACCUCGGCGACGCGCGCAUCUACUCGAGCGAGCUGUGGAUGUCCAAGCUCUUCGCCCAGAUGGAACGCAUCGCGCUGCCCCUCUUUGGCGCCUGUAUCCGACUCGCCUCCGACCUCGACGCCGGCACCGACUCCGAGGCCAUGGUCGAGGCCAACGACGCCAUCCGAUCCGCCUUCUCCUUUGGCCACCGCCACAUGCGCGAAGGCACCGUCAACCGCGACACCUGGGCGCGCUACGUCGGCGGCUUCUUUGCCUGGAGCUGGGACGGCUGCCCGGGCGCCAGCGGAUCCCAGUCCUUCCUGAUCCAGUGCAUCGACGCCCUCCUCGGCAUCCCCCUCACCGCCCCGCGCACCCACCUCACCUCCCACCAGCGCCGCUUCGUAGAGGCCCUCCGCGACGCCCAGCUCCGACAACGCGCCAACGCAGGCGCCUCCCCCCUCGCCGCAAAGUCGCUCGACGAGACGGCCCGCAUCCUAAAAACGUGGCGCCUCGGCCACAUCCGCAGGGCAAUCUACUACGAGGACGUCGACCUGCCCGAGCGCAAACCCACAAUCGGCCGCUUUGGCGUCGACGCCGACCGCGGCCUGGCAGUCAUGCUCGCCCGGAUGACGGCCAGGCUGCGCGACCGCAUCACUGUCACCAUGUAG